AUGACAGCUGCGCCACUGAAUACACAAGUCUCGCGUUAUCCCGUGAAAUCUCGUGUUCAGCCCAAAAUGGUCUCCAAAAGCAUUAUAAAAGUUGUCAAUGGAAAGUCGUUUCUAUUUCACAUUGUGCGUUCUCCAAUUCAUAAUACCCAACGUUGUUGUUUUUACAGCAGAAUUAAGGAAGACUUAGAAGAUGAGGAAUUCAAAGUUUUGAACAUAUAUAGAGAUAAAGAAAAGGAGGCUGAGUUUGUGCGGGAGGAGAUCAUCAGAGGUCACAUGACACGAGCAGACUGCAUGCGGACCGAUCAGAGUUGGACAGAUGUUUGGCCCACAAAAGCACCGUUUCACUGGGGGUCUGUUCCAAUUCCUGUCAGACAGGGCUUUAGAAAGAAGAAGAAGCUGCUAGCUCUGGGGCGGUAUGGGAACAUUGAGCUGAUGAAGAUCCCUAACUUUCUACAUCUGACUCCUCCCCACAUCAAGAAGCACUGCCAGGCCAUCAAAAAAUUUUGCACAAAAUUUCCCGAAGAACUGAAGAAUCUUGAGGUCAGAAAGGUCAACUUCCCAAUUGAGGUCAUUACCUCUGACUACGUGACCUGUGGAACAUCAAUAAGAGAUUCAAGAGCACGGGAGGUCAAGGUCAAUGUUAACCUAUCUGUCCUCAAGUUUGAUGACCAUGCUUCCAUGAAAAUGAAGAAACUAGCAGGAGAAAAGUUAAAUGAAGAAACGAAAACCUUACAACUCACUUCAGACAGAUGUCCGCUUCGGAAACAGAACUAUGACUUCAACAUUUAUAAGCUGACAGCAUUGUACUACGAAUCACAUGUGACAGAACCCUGGGAGGAUGAAAUGGAGGAAUCAGACUGGGUAGUAUAUCAAUGGGACAAAACACAGUCCAGAAAUAAGAUCCUCCACUUAAAGAGCAAAAUUCAACAGGUGAAUAGCUGGAUCCACCACACUGAAAUUGAUAGUGGUCAGGAAGAAAAGAUGGAGGAUCCAGAUGUUUCUGUGGUGGAGACUGAAACUGACGUGCAGCAAUACAAAGCUGCUUUCUGUGACUUAAAAGACAAGGGAGACAACGAAGAGACUCUCAAUGCUUAUAAACAAUCUGUGUUAAAACUACUCAAUUUAUAAUAAAUAAUAAAGGUAUUUAUAGAAUUA